GCCCACCACUCACUCCCAGUCCCGUUCCCUCUCCCUCUCCACUCUCACUCCCAGUCCCAUUCCCAUUCCCACUCCACUCCGUCCCUCUCCGAGUCCCGGUCCCACUCUCACUCCAUCUCCGUCUCCCCCUCCUCCUCCCCAAAGUUUCUGCACAAGUUGAUAGGGUGUGCUGGAUUAGUCGAAUGUCUCUGUUCAAGAGCCAUGAGAGUAUGUUGCAGCUCUAGAAAACUGGUUAGACCACACUGUUCAGUUCUAGUCACUUGCUCAUAGGAGGGAUGUGGAAGCUUUACAAGGAUGCUGUCUGAACUAGAGAAUGUGUCUUAUGAGGACAGGUUGAGUAAGUUAAGCUUUACUCUUUGGAGAGACAAAGGCUGAGAGGAACCUCGAUAAAGGUGUUUAAGAUAAUGACAAACGUAGAGUGGACACCCAGCAGCGAUUUCCUAUUUCCUAAGCAGGGACUCCUAACCAUUUUUUAUGCCAUGGAAUCAAAACCGUUCAGCAAGGAGUCCAUGAACCCCUGUCCUGGUGACAAUGGCCAAUACCAGAGGACAUCUAGGGUGAGGUGUUGGAGAUAAUGAGUAAUCGUGCCUAUAUUUUGGUAUCUGAACUUCAUGAAAUACGAGGUAUCCCACAAAGAUGUGCAGAAAUCAUCAUGAAGCAUUUCAAAAUCAUCUGUAUGGAGGAAUUCCAGAGAAACAAGGAGGAGUUUGGAAAUAAAAUCCAGGUCAUUUUUGUGUGGGAGUACUGUCCCAGAGUAGAUGAAGAACUUCUGAAAUCACUACCUUUUCUGAAGGCAAUUGUAAACUUUGGUGUUGGUGUGGACCAUCUUGACCUGCCUUUGAUCUCCAGUUUUGGGGUGAAGGUGGCCAACACUCCUGAUGCAGUGGAUGCUGCAACUGCUGAUAUGGGCAUGGCUUUAAUGUUGGCAUCUGCCAGGAAUAUCUUGGAAGAUACAGCUUCUAAUGCCGGACAAUGGCGAUUUGACUCUACCUUGUUGCAAGACUCUGACUUUAUAAAAUUUAUGGAGGAGCAGAUCGACUUCUUCUUUUCAACUAAUUCUACAGAUGGUCACAGGAUCGCAACUUCACCAGAUACUAAAGUUUAUCCUGCCAACUGGAAUGGAGCAGAGGUGACAGGGUCAACUCUUGGAAUCAUUGGAAUGGGACGGAUUGGAUACAGAGUUGCCCAAAGAGCCAGAGGAUUUGAUAUGAAAAUUCUGUAUCAUAACAGAAAUAGGAGAGCCGAUGAGGAGGAGAGACUGGUUGGCGCUCGCUAUUGUGCAAAGAUUGACGAUCUCCUUCAAGAAUCGGACUUCGUGAUGGUGGUGGUAAAUCUGACUCCUCAAACCCACAAACUGAUUGGGGAAAGAGAGCUUUGCCUUAUGAAGUCCACUGCAACACUUAUCAAUAUUUCUCGAGGUGCAGUGAUUGAUCAGGCUGCGUUGGUACAAGCACUUCAGAAGGGAUCUAUUCGGGCAGCAGCUUUGGAUGUUACUGAUCCGGAACCACUUCCAAGGAAGAAGUUUUGGUAUGAAAGCCCUACGCUGGGAUCACAACUGCUUUACAAGCCCUCCAGUUUGGAGAACGUAUUGAAACCUCAACACAAGAUGCAGAAGGAGGGCACUCUUCGGAUGAGAGCUCUUAAUAAAAUUCUUUACAAAGCAAUUACAGAUCUAUUGAACAGUACUGAAGUCAGCCCAGAGAUUUUUGAAGAGAAAAUCGAGAUAUCCAAAGUUCGGUUGACUGUGGAUUUUUCAGCAUGCCGUGUCUACUGGGUACCAAGCGGUUUGCUGGAAAAAGAUAAUCACAUUCAGCAAGUCUUAGAAAAACAUUCUCCUCGUGUAAGACACCUUCUCAUAACCCAGCAAGUUAUGGGCUGCCCGCCACCUGUGGUCUUUGUUAGAGACAGAGAACAAGCAGCAAUUGCUGAGGUUGAGAGUCUGUUGAACAUUGCUGAUUAUGGCUCCAUAAACACUGCUGAUGCAACACAAGUCUUGGACACAAAACAUUUUGGGCAACUUGCUGCAGAUCCUGCUUUGAAGCCUACUCAUCAAGGAUCUAGUCCAGUCUCAUCCCACCUGCCACCAUCAGCUCCUGAACUUGACCUUUUUGGUAUCAACCAUGACUUACUGAACAAACAAAUACUGGAAUAUAAAAAGAAAAAUACUCAAAAGUUACUGGAAACUGAUAACUCAACGUUGUCAGAACAGCACCUGGAACAAAUAGCUCAGCUAAAAAAAUUAAAAGUAAAGAAGAAGAAAUUUAAUGCUAGUUUUGAUGAUAUCACACCAGAAAUGUACUUGUUAGAAAAAUACAGUGUGGACUCUUUGGACACAUUUUCAGAUAGGGAAGAGGAACAAAAAGAAUUAGAUGAGGAAAUAAAAGAGCUUGAAUUCGAGGAAGAAGAUCCAGAAAAUCCAUCAAAAAUUCCAGAAGAUAUAAAAUAAAUGUAUUUUGUAACAGCCUUCAUCUCUCCAAUUUCUACAACUAAUUAAAUUUUGAUUCUUCAGUGCUUAUGGUGUUAACCUUGUUGAAACUCCAUAGGUAAAGUUGCAUCCAUGUUACUCUAUUUUGUUGCAGAAGAUCUGCUGAAUGUCAUUGUCUGCAGUCCAUCUAUCUAAUCCUAAAUUUAAAAAGUCACAGCAUAAUUAACUUUGUUUUACCUUCAUCAACAGCUGUCAAGAGGGCAAGGACAAUUGUGUCUUGAACAUGUUGACCUUUCACUUGAUGGUAGGCCUCCAAUUAGCUUUGAAGUUUUUUUCCUUGGAUUUACUGCCAUCUGUUGGGAAAUAAUUUGUACUGCAAAUGAUUUUCAAAGACAAAUCUACUUCUAGGGAAUUACAACAGUCAUUCAAAUUUGCAUUUGACUUGGAUAGAUUAUAUUUAGCAGGUACAAGUCAUACUAUUAACAAUUUCCUGACAUGCACUCUCUUGCAGAAGUGGUAUAUUUUCAAAAGGAGAACAACUUCAAUACGUGUGGCCUUAGACCGAAUGGAUUGUAUUUGACUAUAAAGCAUACACUUUGAGGCCCUUGGGUAUUGACUGAAAUGAGUAUUGGUGAAACCUAAAUGGUUAGCUAGAUAGACUAAAUAUUUUUUCUUGCCCUUUCAAAGGGUAAUCUACAUUUAAAUGUUUUUGAUAACUUGUUUGAAUUCAUUGUGUUUAGUUUCUGUAAUAUUUUUCAAAAUAUAUUCACUCUGAUUUUGUUAUCCUGCUCA